AUGUCCACACUCGCCACUUCUUCUGACAAAGAGUUCGUCGUCCGCCGCGGCACGAAGGAGGACUGUCCUGUCAUCCUCGACUUCAUCCAGCAGCUCGCCGACUACGAAAAGGAGCCGGACGCGGUCAAAGCCACCGUUCAGACGCUCGAGGAGAACGUGUUCAACAAGGGCUAUGCGGAAGUCCUGAUCGCCGAGCAACACCAGGAUUCUUCCGUUACGUCGGUCGGAAUGGCACUCUACUUCUACUCGUUCUCCACCUGGACAUCGAAGCCUUCGCUCUACCUCGAGGAUCUCUUUGUCAUCCCGACGCUGCGAAACAAGGGCGUAGGGAAGCUGCUCUUCAAGGCACUGGGCGAGGUCGCGCUGGAGAAGGACUGCGGAAGGAUGGACUGGAGCGUGCUCACUUGGAAUGCCCCGUCAAUCGCCUUCUACACCAAGGUGCUGGGCGCCAAGCCACAGGACGAAUGGAAGGGAAUGCGUCUCGAGACCGAGGGCAUUCAGAAUCUUGCCAAGCUCGUAUAG